AUGCAGGAAGAAGGGAGCGUUUCAGACUGGGAGGCGCAGCCGUUUGAUGCAGUCAAGUCAAAGAUUUGUGAAACCGUUCGUCGACUUGACGAGACAAUAGGGCGGCCGCCAUUCCCCAAUCCCUCAACAAUGCAGUGCCGUUUGCUUGCCGUGUCACUUGUCCAAAUGCUGCGUCAUGUUCAAAAUUACGGUCGCAUAGCAGCUUUAGCAGAGUCUCCUGAAGUGAAUAUGACUUUGCCUAUUCUUUGCGCCUCUGUAACAAACGGGUCUGAGGGACGCAAACCAUGUACAGCGCUUAUGGAACUUCUUCUUGAGGCGUUGAUAUGUGUGCAUUCUGUUUCUUUGUAUCCACUUCAAACGACACUGAAGGACGCUAAGGAGGUGUUGCCAAAUUCUCCAGUGGCAUUUAAACUUUUCGUUGUGACAGGCGCCAUUGAUGUGGAUGCCAUGCGGUUUUUUCUGGGCAUGGAGCCCCCACCAAAAGCAGAGCAAAAGGAAAAGAAAUCCUUGAAGGGAGGCCGCCGGGCAGCACGAUCCAAAACGAAUUUACAGAUGAAUACGAAUAACAACUUCAAAGAAGGGUUUAAAGUCGUUUCAACUGAGAUGCUCAACGCUGCAUUGGAUAUGGUUCUUCCAUCCGACUGCAUGGAGGUUCUGUUAUCGCCUUUUAAUAGUUCAGCCAAGUUUCAAAAAGUCAUUGGUGGCGAUGGUGAACUGGCUGCUCGUGUGAUGGGCGUGUAUGGUGAUCAACUCCUUCCAAAUCUACGCCCCUCAGCUUUUAUUUGCUGCCUGGAUGUUCCUGUUCUUGACACGUUUGUAGAUGUUGUCCAGAUGCACGGUGAGAGUAUGGCAUUACUCAAAGACUCUUUCUUGACACAUAUCCCUUUGGUGGAUUGGACUGCCGAGCGACUCUCCGGUCUCAUUCGUUACUGUGUGGACCGGAAAGUACGGCAUGACGAGGCCCUUGCAAGUCUUGUGGUGUAUGUCUUCCUUUGCAAGCUGCUGACGAUGUGGAGAGAAACGCACAACUUAGCAUUGCUCCCAAUCGAGGAGGAGGCGACGAUGUGGGUUUCUGUAUUGAAUAUGGUGCAUUUGUUGCCGCUCAACGCAGGCGCCAUACCGACAGAUGAGGAGGAACAACUCCUCAGGUCAUUCAGUGUGCUCGCCGAAUGUGUAAAGCGGCGGUACACUCUAACGGACGUGAGGAGAGCGACGUCUGCCGUGCCGCACGCUUCUGUGAGUUCCGCACUGGAGAUGCUUACAGCGUUGCUCACUGCGAAAGAAGCGGCGAUGUCCGACGCAUCUGCGGGAAGAGGUGGAGGCGGGGGAAAGAAAAAGAAGAAGGGUGGAAGGCACAACAACACCGCCGUCGCCACUGCUAAUGACAACAAGCUAUCAGUGUUGCCUGCGCAAGCGGCUUCAAUGGAUUUUUUUUGCAGAGGGGUUGCUGAUUUUUUUGCUCUUCUCUUUUGGUUUACACCACCAUCAACUGUGAAGAUGGAUGCUUAUAAAACGGAGAUUAUUUUGGAAUCCCUGGCGGCAUUGCUUCUUCGGCUUGCAGAGGAAGGUGCUGGCAAAAUACCGCAUGCCUGUACAUGGGAAAGCUACUUGGAUCUCCUCCUUUCAAUCAUAAGCCCCUGGGACAAAAGGUCUCACGUGUCAUGUCUGAGACCAAAGACAAUGUCCGCAGUUCUCUCUGCCGUGUGUGUCACGCGUCGAAUACAGUGCUGCGGAGUCAUUGCACAGCGGAUGCCUGAUGUCUACAUUCCUCCGCGGUGCUCAAUAAACAAUUACAAGGUUCUUCUUGAAGCCUGGCUCAGGGGGGGAUUGUGCGUGGAUGACUUCUACGCACCCGCAGUCCCCUUUUCCUCCACAGAGUCUAUUGGGAUCAUCCUCAGUCUUCUGGACGGCGAUCGACGUUGUGAAUUGGCGCAGCUGCUGUUGAGCGCCGAAAGAUUGACGAGGGUUCUCAUUCCUGCACUAAAGGAGGCACUGCUCGAAGAGCCUUUAAACCAUCCUUUGGAAACAACAAAAACAAAACCAUCAUUAUCAGCUGCAGCAGCGGCGCGGAAGGGUCUUUUGGAGCUGCAGAAUGAACUUCUUGGCGGAGCCGAAAUGCAAAGAAAAAUGGUGGCGGAACAACAGCAGAAGGAGGAGAAGGAAAAAACGAUGCAACUGCUGGCGGAGGUACAGCAAAAGGAGGAACUGAAGGCGAGGACCAGUGCCUUUGAAAGCGAGCAGCAGAAGCGUUGGGAAGUGAAAGACGAAGAACAGAAACGCAUCCGAAGGCUGAGAGAGGAUCACGAGCGAGAAAAAGAGGAGCGGCGGGAAAAAGAACGACGGGAUCGGGAGGAGAGAUGUCAAAGGGCCAUUGCAAUGCUAAAAGAGAUGGCUGCCAAGACGAAAGCGGAGCGAUUGGCUGAGCAGAAGGAGCGGUUGUUGCGAUACCGUGAGUGUGUCGCCAUGGACUCUCGCAUUUUAUCUUUUUUGGAGCAUUUGCAUUUGACUCCGUCUAGGAUCAUGCACUUGUUAACGACACUUCGUCCACAUCUUCCUCGCAUGACGUACGAUGAUGUGUUGGAGUUUGUCGUUACGGGAAACCGCAAGGUUCCCGGUGACAUUCACGCUGUUGAUGAACGCACCAAUAAUACAACUACUGGAGACAAUGUGCAUGCCGGGGAGGUUACGAGGGAGGUCAAGGAACAAGCAGUUUGUUUUGUGGAUGAGGGCUCUUCUUUCUGGGAUAGUGUGAUGCAGCUCGUUGCGCAACAGUCCGAUGGACAAACAAGGAAAACCCGUGUUGUUGGUGCAGGGAAAGAAGAAUUCGAAGGGAAUUUGCCAAAAGAAGCUCUUGGUUUUUCCUUUCAUCGAAGAAUGAGUGCGGUUCUUGAUCUUUUUGAUUACUCCAUGGGGACGAAUGAGACUGUGCCCAAUCCUUUGCCUUCGCUGAAUGUGCGUUGUGCCUUGAGAGUACUUGAGAAGGAGGUGCUGGCUGGCAGCGGAGUUUGUGGCGUGCGAGAGGCCUUUUUAUCCUGCCAACAACGUGGCUUGUGCCUUCUGCAAAACAAUAUCUGCACGCUGACACCAUUAGGUUUCCGAUAUCAUUACCCGUUCCAUGACCCGGAACAGAUGCUUGAAAUACAGCUUGAGCGGCGGCGUGAGAAAGCAAGAGCGAUGAUGGCGGAACGGCAAUCUGCCGAUUUGGACGAUUACGAAGAGGAAUAUGAAGAACAGGAGGAUGUGUUGGUGAAAGAUGGAACGGAUGACGAAACCAUGCCAUCGCUUGCCGAUGAUAACACAGUUUGCUUUACGGAUGAAUUGAUUUGA